CCCCCCUCCCCUCCCCUCCCCCUCUUCCUCUCUGACCGAGCAAAGGUUGUGACUGCGGGGCGGAAACCAACCGAGCCGAGGCCCCGCCCACCUCCACCCUGCCCUGUCCGCUCGUCUCUUCCUGGAUCAUCCAACUCCGCAUCCGUGAAAUUCUGAAGAUGAGCUACCCAGGAUACCCUCCUCAGUCCGGUGGAUACCCACCACAGGCAGGGGGCUACCCACCUCAACCAGGAGCAUAUCCACCUCAAGCAGGGGGCUACCCCCCACAGGCAGGGGGCUACCCCCCACAGGCAGGUGGCUACCCCCCACAGGCAGGAGGCUACCCCCCACAGGCAGGCGGAUACCCCCCACAGGCAGGCGGAUACCCACCCCAAGCUGGCGGUUACCCCCCUGCAGCAGGCGGCUACCCUCCAGCAGCAGGGGGCUACCCUGCCCAGUCAGGGGGCUACCCUGCCCAAGCUGGAGGCUUCCCACCUCAGGCAGGAGGAUACCCACCUCAGCCUGGAGCAGGAGGCUUUCCUUCUAUGCCUCCAGCAGGUGGAGGCUGGGGUGCAGCACCAGGCGGUUAUGGCGCACCAGGAGGGGCUCAGCAGGGAUACCCAGGAGGCCCUGCCCCAGGCCAACCCAUGCCAAAUUACCCUGGUGCCCCUGCCAUGAACCCCUCAAUGCCUGGAUAUGGCAGUGGAGCUCCGUCCAACUCUCUGGCACCUGCUGUUCCUAAAGGAUACAGGGGUUCUAUUAAAGACUUUCCAGGGGCUGAUCCACUGAGGGAUGUUGAAGUUCUUCGAAAGGCCAUGAAGGGUUUUGGCACUGAUGAAAACGCCAUUAUUGAACUUCUGGGAAUUCGUACCAGCAAGCAGAGGGUUCCAAUGGUUGCUGCCUACAAAACCACAUAUGGAAAGGAUUUAUUCCAUGAUCUGAAGUCUGAGCUCACUGGAAACUUUGAGCAACUGGUUAUUGCCAUGAUGAUGAGUCCCUCGCACUUUGACGCAUCUGAACUCAGAGAGGCUAUAAAGGGUGCAGGAACUGAUGAAGCUUGUCUGAUCGAGAUUCUGUCAUCCCGCUCCAAUGCAGAGAUCCGUGAAAUCACUAGAAUCUACAAGGCUGAUUAUGGGAAGAGCCUGGAGGACGCCAUCAACAGUGAUACCUCCGGUCACUUCCGCCGACUCCUGGUCUCUCUCUCUCAGGGAAACCGUGACGAAAGGGAGACUGUUGACAUCUCUCUGGCCAAACAGGAUGCUCAGAAACUUUAUGCUGCUGGAGAAAAUAAAGUGGGAACUGAUGAGUCUCAGUUUAAUGCCAUCCUGUGUGCUCGCAGCAAGCCUCACCUCCGAGCAGUCUUUCAAGAGUACCAGCACAUGUGUGGGAGAGACCUUGAGAAGAGUAUCUGCAGGGAAAUGUCUGGACAUGUGGAGGAUGGCAUGGUGGCUGUGGUGAAAUGCAUCAAGAACACUCCUGCUUACUUUGCAGAGAGGCUCUACAAGGCCAUGCAGGGUGCAGGGACCAAGGACAGAACCCUCAUCCGGAUCAUGGUGACCCGCUCUGAGACUGAUAUGCUGGACAUCAGAAAGGAGUAUGUGAAGACCUAUGGAAAAUCCCUCUACAAUCACAUCUCAGGUGAUACCUCUGGGGAUUACAAGAAGAUGCUACUGAAGCUGUGCGGGGGCAACGACUAGAAAGAAAAGAAGACAACUUAUAGGACAGUAUAUAUGUCCAAACUGAAACAAUGUUAUAGGAUAUUAUAUAUCACCUCUGAUGCAUGCAGUUAGUUUUCCUGUAACAAAAGUAAAUCAAUAUUAGUUUUGUAUUCUAUUCAAAGACAUGAUAGAUUGUAUGACUGCCAAAUAAUAAAUAGAUAUUAAUAUGAAGAUUUUUUAAAUACACAGUAGAUAGAUAGAUUUAUCAUUAUUGGAUAAUAGGUGGAGGCCUAAAGCAAAAGGCAGGAAACCAGAAAAUGGCAUACUUAAUAAAAAACAAAAACCUUAUUGUUGUACUAACUAAGAAAAACUUAGGCAAGUGACUCAUUUAUCUAAUAAAUGAGGUACAAUUUUACGCAGUUCUUGACAAAUAUACUAUUUCAGCGUUACUGGGGCAAAGUUUACCGCACUGCCAAGCAUUUCAACUAUGUAAAAGUUGUAAAAUAUAUAGCAGUGAGAGACUUAAGUGAGUUCUAGCAAAAAUAAAACUUCAGGACAUUUUUUUCAAAAUCGAAGGAAUAAAGAUCUGCAAAGGGGCGUCUCCUCAAACUUUUAAGUGCCCAUGAGAGUGCCUAAGAGUUUUACUUUUGCUUGAAAGUCUGUGAUAAAUUAUCUUUUCACUAUAUAUUAUUUAUAUCAGCUCUACAAAAUGCCUCAGUUUUGCUCCUGCAAUGUAAAGCUAUACAAUCAUUGUUCAACAUUAACAGACGGUGUUGCCUUUUACUGAAUAUAUAGAGCCAAAGCAUUAAGACAAAUCAUGUUGUGCCUUUUGUCAGGGCUGCAAUGCUGUUCAGAAAUAGUUGGAGUUACACUGUGCAAUUAUCUCAUGAACAAUCUAUAAUCAUACUUGUGUUGUGGCAGAAAUUUAAUCCUUACAUUGUUUGUGUUUUAAUAAUUAGUUUACAUUUCCUUUCAGUGUCCUCUACUGGUUUGUAUGUUGUCCUGCCAGUAGGGGGCUCUUGGCUCACAUGAAGUGCCAUUCCUUAUGUCUGUAAGAGUUUGGCAUUGAACCCAAUAUCUAAUGCACUAACUUUACUUUGAAAUCAUCCUUAUAACGUGAUCAUUAUUAAAACUGAAUGGAUGCCCUUUCAGUUUUCUAACAUGUUGCCAUCUGAUAGCUGCAGUGUCUCCAGAGACAGCAGUACAAACAGUCACUUGUCAUUUCAAUUAAAUUUUUUUUGCCAUA